AAAAAUGUUGAUUUUCGCGUUAAUUUUUGUUUUGGCAUUCAAUUGCUAUGAGACUCAAACGCAAGCUUAUGUCUCAGAUGGAUGCAAUUACAACUUUUACCAUCCUUUGAUGGUUACAGUGCCUUCAACGGGAUUUACGAUAUCCGAACAAACAUGCGGAUUACUGAUUCCGAAGGAUACUUUCAAGGAACAACCGUUUGUGUAUUAUAUUGAUGCGAAAGAUAAUAUUGAAUAUACCGUUUUGAUGGUUGAUCCCGAUCAUCCGAGUACGCUUGGAGGAACGUAUUAUGUACAUUGGAUUUUAGCAAAUAUUCCUGGAUACAUCCUAAAAACUGGAUUGGGAUAUAACGUUGGAACAACAAUUAAAGAAUGGACUCCUCCAUCUCCAGCUGAAUGCUCGGGAAGUCAUCGUUACAUCUUCCUCGUGUACGAACAACAUCGUGUGCCUCUUCGUAUCCCAAUUCCUGCUGAUCGUCUCAACUUCUCGCUGAAUACGUGGUUGCGUGCAAUCGAGCCUUACGGUUCAAUGUAUGGACCUGUUGCUUCCACACAAUUCGUUUCUGCCUAUUAAAAAUUUGAACAAAAGUCGGCAUCUAAUCUACUUUGAAUAGAAAGCACCGUUGUUUCGUUUUUUUGCUGUUGAAGGAGAAAAAAAUUUUUUUUUG